AUGCGCUUCGUAGAAGGUGUCUGGAACAAGCUCGAGGGAAGCACGGUGGUCUCUGCCCGGCAGGCUGCAAGGGUGGAAAUCAUCCCAGAUGAUACCGGCAGAGGCACAGGUGGAGACUGUCUUCGCAUCCUUUGCUCCAUCAGAGAGAUCAAGAAUCGAGGUGACGUGCUCAACAAGCCCACCAUCACGAUAUGGAUUCGCAGCCCGGCCCCCGGCACCUUCGAAGUGGAGGCCAAGCACUUCGUCGGCAAACAAGCACACCACGAGCCCCGCCUCGAUCUUUUUCCCGCCGGCCUCGACAGAGUAGGUGCUUCGGGCUCUGUCAAUGGUGUCAAGGCAAAUGGCGCCUCAAUCAGGGCGAAAGGUCUGAAGCAUGACAAGUAUGCCUUCCUUGUCUCAGCGGGCGGCCUGGCGCAAGCCCGAGUGGACAUGAGACCUGGCGUCUUCUCCAUCGACUUCCUCGAUGACAAGGAGCGUGUCGUCUCGAGCAUUGGGCCAGAUUCCAUUUCUUGGGCCCUCAAGACCAACGUACCGGGCUCGCAUGCGGCUAGAGAGUUUGCUUCGACUACGACCCUCGACCCUUACCACCGACCCGAAAGUCGCCGCCAGGGGUACAUGAUCAUGUCUCCCAGUCUUGCUCAGGGCGAGAAGGUGUACGGUCUGGGUGAACAGUUUGGGCCAUUCGUCAAGAAUGGUCAAUCUGUCGAGAUCUCAAACGAAGAUGGCGGCACAAGCUCCGCUAUGGCGUACAAGAACAUCCCCUUCUAUAUGACCAGCCGUGGGUACGGUGUCUACAUCGACCAGACCCAGCAUGUCUCGCUGGAAAUCAUGACCGAGCAUCGAUCAAAAGUGCAAGCCUCAGUUCCUGGAGAGACAAUGCGCAUGUACUUCCUCAUGGGACCUUCACCGAAAGAUGUUCUCACUCGUUACACGUCCUUGACCGGCCGGCCGCCUCUUCCUCCUACCUGGAGUUGGGGUCUGUGGCUUUCCACCUCCUUCCUCACCGAUUACGACGAGGAGACCUCGCAGCACUUCCUUGAUGGAAUGAAGAAGCACGACAUCCAAGUCUCUGUGUUCCAUUUUGACUGUUACUGGAUGCGUCCCUUCGAGUGGUGCUCAUUCCGCUUCAACCCUGAGUUUUUCCCUGACCCCAAAGCUUUCCUGGGCCGCAUCAAUAGUCAAGGCAUCAAGGUCAGCGUCUGGAUCAAUCCAUACAUUGCACAGGAGGCAGAGAUCUUCGCCGAAGCCGAUCAGAAGGGCUACCUUUUGCACCGCAGAGACGGAAGUACCUACCAGAGCGACGACUGGCAGGGCGGAAUUGGCUUCGUCGACUUCACAAACCCCGAGGCUUGCAAGUGGUACCAGGCGCAGAUCGAGUACUGCAUCGAUGUGGGUGUCACUGCCUUCAAGACUGACUUUGGAGAACGGAUUCCCUGUGAGGAUGUGGUAUACCACUCUGGCAGUGAGCCACGCGCGAUGCACAACCAUUAUUCUUUCCUGUACAACAAGACUGUAUACGAAGUAUUGGAACGCCGCCUUGGCACUAGUCAGGCUUGUCUCUUCGCUCGAUCUGCUGCAGCGGGAGGGCAGCGCUUUCCAGUGCACUGGGCCGGCGACUCUGACACCACAUGGACGGGUAUGUCGGAAGCCGUUAGAGGAGGGCUCUCCCUCACGUUGUCCGGGUUCGCAUACGCGGCGAGCGAUAUUGGAGGAUUCAAGGCACCCGGCAAAGGAGGACAAGGGCCAGACUCGGCCUCACCUCCCAUAAUCUAUAAGAGAUGGGUCCAAUUCGGACUGCUGUCCUCGCACUCUAGACUGCACGGUUCAGGUACUGCUCGUGUUCCCUGGUUGGUAGACGACGAAGCCGUCGUCGUCACCCGCAAAUUCGUCCACCUCAAGGCCCGUCUGAUGCCUUAUCUGCUCAACACCGCCAUCGAGCAGACUGUCAAGUCUGGCCACCCAAUCAUGCGCGCUAUGCUUCUCGAAUUCCCCGAGGAUCCGAGCGUGUGGUAUCUCGACUCGCAAUACAUGCUGGGAGAAGCGCUGCUCGUAGCUCCCAUCUUCGGCGAGACCGAAAUCGAGUACUACCUGCCGCAUGGCAAGUGGGUCCAUCUGCUCGACGGAAGGGAGAUGACCGGCGGACGAUACCUCAAGGAGGACUAUUCGGUGAUGUCCCUGCCGCUCUUCCUGCGCGAGGGACAUGCGAUCAUCCUUGCCAAUGAGGGUGCCCGGAUCGAGGACGAUGUGAGGAAGAACGGUUGCACCGUCUGCCUCUCCCAAGCGACUCUGGACGAUGCGCCCAAUGGCAAGGUAGUCACCUCGGUUACCCUCACCGACGGAACAAAGAUCACAGCAGAGGUAUCCAAGACUAGUGCUGGCGCAGCAGAAGUCAAGGUGACAGAAGGAAGUAUCGAUUCCGGUGCUGCGAUCAGGGUCAAUGUGCUCGAGGCGAAGAAGGGACUGGACGGCCAUGCUGACGUACUUUAG